AUGGGUUGUUGCAUGAGCUGUCUCCGGAGAAAGGAGGACGAUAACUUGUACAGGCAGCUGCUCGCAGACAACGAGAGAGAUGCGAUCUCGGCGUUACUCGAGUACCUCGAGAACAGAAGUGAGGUGGACUUCUUCUCGGACGGCCCGCUCAAGGCCCUCAGCACGUUGGUAUACUCGGACAACAUCGAUCUCCAGAGGAGUGCGGCCCUCGCGUUUGCGGAGAUCACAGAGAAGGAGGCCCGGGCGGUUUCACGGGAGGUGUUGGAGCCACUGCUGAUCCUCUUGCAGAGCUCGGACCAGGAGGUGCAGAGGGCGGCCUGUGCAGCGUUGGGCAACCUGGCGAUCAACGACGACAACAAGGUUCUGAUCGUGGAGAUGGGGGGCCUCACGCCGCUGAUCCGGCAGAUGCUGUCGCCGGACAUCGAGGUGCAGUGCAACGCGGUGGGGUGCGUGACGAACUUGGCGACGCAGGACGCCAACAAGGCGAAAAUCGCACAGUCCGGGGCUCUCAUUCCGCUCACGAGGCUCGCAAAGUCGCCGGACCUGCGUGUGCAGAGAAAUGCCACUGGGGCGUUGCUCAACAUGACACACUCGCCGGAAAACAGGAAGCAGCUUGUGGACACGGGGUCUGUUCCCGUGCUGGUGGACCUGCUCUCGAGCCCGGAUGCAGACAUCCAGUAUUACUGCACAACGGCUUUGUCGAACAUUGCGGUUGAUGCCGAGAACAGGAAGAUGCUGGCUGCGACCGAGCCGAAGCUCGUGGGCCGGCUUGUGCAGCUUAUGGACUCGGCCAGCCCCCGCGUGCAGUGCCAGGCCACGUUGGCCCUCCGGAACCUCGCCUCCGACGCCCUGUACCAGCUGGAAAUUGUGCGUUCCGGUGGCCUCUCCAACCUCGUGGCCCUACUCAAGUCCCAGCACGAGCCCUUGGUGCUGGCUGCCGUUGCCUGCAUCCGUAACAUCUCCAUCCACCCGCUCAACGAGCGGCCCAUCGUCGAUGCCGGCUUUCUGGGCCCCUUGGUCGACCUUGUCGACUACACAGACAACCCGGAGAUCCAGUGCCACGCCGUUUCCAGCCUCCGCAACCUCGCAGCCAGCAGCGACGCCAACCGGAGGGCCCUGGUCGAUGCUGGGGCCGUCGCUAAGUGCAUGAGGAUCGUGCUCGCGUCGCCUGACUCCGUCCAGAGCGAGAUCUCCGCCUGCUUCGCCAUCCUCGCCUUGGCCGACAACUUGAAGGCCCGGCUCUUGGCAAUGGGCAUCCUAGACGUGCUCAUCCCACUCACCCGGUCUCAGAACCCGGAGGUCUGCGGAAACUCUGCCGCCGCCUUGGCCAACUUGUGCUCCCGCGUCGACGACUACUCCGCCAUCUUGAAGUGCUAUCCGGGCAUCUCCGACUUCAUCUCGCGGUUCCUCGCCGGCUCCAACCUCACUUUUGAGCACAUAGCCCUCUGGACCGUCAUCCAGUUGUUGGAGUCUGGAAAUGACCAGGUCUGUGCUCUCGUCAAGGCCGAUAUUGACCACGGUAACAUCUCUUUGGCCUCGGCCUCGGCCUCUGCUGGGCAAGCUGCUGCUCCUGAUCCGGGUGCCUCUUCGCCUCCCGCUGACUCCGAUCCUGCUGCUGCAAACGAGAUCGCAAACUUGGUCCAGCAGAUCGUCGAGCUCGUCAAGUAG